UAAUCUGUGCUACUCACUAUCAUUGUCAAUUUUAAUAGGAUAUUUCGUUCUUUCAUGUUGAAUAUUAUUUAUUUAGUCAAUUUCUAUUACAAAUUUUGUAUCUCCAAUAAUCUUACCGUGAUAUAAACAUAAUUUUCUUAUAUAGGUUAAAUAAUCAAUUUAAAAAAAUAUACAGAAAUGGCCUCAGUUCAUAAAAUUAUAGUCAUAGUUGGCUUCAUAUCGCUGUUUCAUUCUGCGUUCUCAGCUGCACAACAUCGUACAUAUCUUCGGAUAACAUCUCAAGAGUUCACAACCCUGCCUCUAGAUAUAGUAAUCCAGGCUGUAGUAAGCUUAUUCGCUGUAAUGUGGGGUGUUCUAAAUGUGUCUGGUAAACUCCGUGAAAUCCCAGCAGCGGCAGAAUUAAAUGCAGUAAAAUGGGAGACUCAACGUAACCUGCCUUCUUUCUAUAUCUUCAAUCACAGAGGAAGAGCUUUGGCAUACAACUUUGUUCCAACACCAAGUAAAGGGGACUUAGAGAAUCUAGAAUAAUUAGUGUUAUUUAUGUAAGUGCUAGGAAAAAGUGGUUUUGAAUUGAUAUAUUAAUUUAUUAAACAAAUGAUUAUUUA